GCAGGUGGAAAUCUUCCUCCUGCACACAUCAGGACAGCACCGCCCCGUGCAUGGCAGCAUGGAGCCUGGACCCAUUGGGCCACCGCUACAGGUGCUUGGAGAGAAUGAGGCGCUGCAACAGUUCUUCAGCGGUCAGGACGUCAGUAGUGUGUUGGACAGCUCGGUUGCCGUAGAUACCAGCAUCCUGGAGCAGUACCUCAGUAACGACAUGGACCCAAGCAACUUUAUGCUUCCUGAAUCUCCUCCUGAUUCAAGCUCAGAGGCUUAUUCUCCUGCACAGAUACCAGACGUUGGGUAUGAACAGCCCUGCUUGACCGUCAGUCCAGAGGCGUUUCCACCGGCAACACUCCCCACCUCCUGUCACUUUAAGGAUCGCCGCUCCGCUCAUCCCAACUCUGACCAAAUCAUCCGGCCCCCUUACUGUCGAUUAAAAGAUGGAGGCUCUGCGCCAUCCCACUGUAACUUUAUGACCUACAACCAGCUCUGUGAUUCUGGUCUCACAGACAUUGACAUCAAGUCCAGAACUUCUCCUGACCCACCCAUUCUACCGGUUAAUCAGGACACCAACCGCCCACCUGAACGUUACUUAAAUUCAGGAAACGUUUUGCAAGGUUACACGCCGACCACUCCCUCUUCUCCAUCCUUAACUCCUUCCAGUACCUACAUUUCCCCCAUGACUGAUGCAGCUAUGGUCCAAAAUCUACAAGUGUCAUCUUCACCCUGUGCGCUUGGCUCACUCUCCACAUCACACACCUGUUCCCAGGACAGUAAAAAGAGGAGGAGGUCAGACUCCGAGGAUACAUUUGCAGCAGCUGAUGCUGCCUGUUGUGAAGGUGAUGGGACUCGUAACACUGGGGCAGGGAUUGGAGCCGGUCUGGGUUCCUCCCAGUUGCUUAGGUGGGAACACUAUCAGCAAGAACAUUGGAGCACUUUAUGCAGCAGCAGCUACAGAACAUUGGAGCCUCCUACUUACCAUGUUGAUACAGAUAAAGGCUUUAACUACUCUUCAGUUGAUGAGGCGUUUGUGUGCCAGAAAAAGAACCACUUCCAGGUCACAGUUCACAUCGGUGUGUCUGCAGAGCCACAUUAUGUCCAAACGUCCAGCGGACUACAGACUUUUGGCUACUUUCAGAUAAAAGUGUUCGGCAUUAAGCUUGAAACACCGAGCCAUGAGGUGACAAUAGAGCAGUCUCAACCGGACCGCAGCAAGAAGCCCUUCCACCCAGUAAGGGUCAGUUUGGCUGGUAACAAAAUAACCAAAGUAACUCUUGGACGACUACACUUCAGUGAGACGACCGCCAACAACAUGAGGAAGAAAGGCAAACCUAACCCUGACCAGAGGUAUUUUCAGAUGGUGGUCGGCCUUUAUGCCGCUGUCAAAGACGAGACUUUUCUUCUCGCUGCGCUGGUGUCAGAGAGGAUUAUUGUUCGGGCGUCCAACCCAGGCCAGUUUGAGACAGACAGUGACAGCUUGUGGCAGCGUGGGUCAACGCCAGAGGCUGCGGUCUGUCACGGUCGAGUCGGUAUCAACACCGACUCCCCUGAUGAAGCACUGGUAGUUUGCGGCAAUGCUAAGGUGAUGGGCUCCAUCAUGCAACCGUCUGACUGCCGAGCCAAGCAAAACAUACAGGAGGUCGACUCCGAGCAGCUGCUUAAAAGAAUCAAUCAGAUGAGGAUAGUUGAAUUUGAUUACAAGCCAGAGUUUGCCUCCAACAUGGGAAUAGAUCACACCCAUCAGACAGGUGUAAUCGCUCAGGAGAUAAAGGAGCUGCUUCCAUCAGCGGUUGUGGAGGUCGGCGACGUCAUGUGCUCAGAUGGGGAAAGAAUAGAGAAUUUUCUCAUGGUGGACAAGGAGCAGAUCUUCAUGGAGAACGUUGGAGCUGUGCAGCAGCUGACGAAGCUUACAGACAACCUGGAGACUCGAAUCCAAGAGCUGGAAGUUUGGAACCGCAGAUUGGCAAAGUUAAAGAGCUUAACAGGCAGCCUGCGCUCUACUAGCAGUAAAGCUCAGUUUCACAGCGGCGCAUCAACAGCUCCGUCACCAGAGCCGUGCAGGACUGCGAAGACUCCAAACAAGGACUGGUGUCACAAACUCCUCCACCUCCUCCAUAAUAAAAUCUUCCUGGCCAGCAUCUUUACCUUCCUGGUCACCAUUGCUAUUUGCAUUAUCUCCGUCUCAGCUCUCUACCUUGUAAAUUUAAAGAAGGCGGACGUUGACCUCUUCCCUAACAACAGCAACAGCAGCGGAGCCCCUGUGACGACAGUAGUUCCACCAACCACAGCUUCUUCAACCACACCUCCUGGUUCCUGGCCUCCUGAUGUGUCCUUCUGUAAUCUGCUAUACUGCGAUCAGGUGUACUGCUGCCCUUCAUCUGGAGGGGGCAGCACUGUCUCCAGCAUCCCAACAUCAGUGUUAAACGUUCCAAAAGGAAUAGGACAAAAAAACGGUGGAAAUCACUUCAACGCUGCCAGAGACUGGCUAAACACAACCAUUCACACAUUCAUGAUUAAAGAGAACAGGCAGGUGAUUGACAAGAGAUACUGCCUGAGGGAUGAGUGUGGACCAGAGCGAUAUGUUUUCAGAGUUCCCAUCAGCCUGUUUGUUCCUGUUAACAUGAGGAUCACUCUGCUUAUGAAUUCUACUGAGUUGUUGGUGGUUCAUCUAUGUGCUGUAGAUGAGUCCACCACCUGUUCUGCUCUGCUGAGCACAGACAUGGCCAGUGAAAGCAGGUACCCAUCAAAUACACAGGGGGAGCAUGAGUGGCCUCUUCACGUGGCUCGUCUUUAUCAGAGCGCCUACCACUUCCGCUCUGCUGUCGCUGGUCAAGCAGACUGCAGUACUGACCCUCACUACGCGGGGGCGCUCUUCACAGAUUAUUACUUUAUUUUCUACAGACGCUGCAGAGAUUCAUAAUAGACAUGAACUCACAAAUAAAAAAAACAAACAGUUUCAUUUUGCAGAUCCCUACUUUCACAGACGAAGGUUGCGUUUCCAUUAACCGUCAAAUUGCUCAAAUUGAAUCACACUAAAUAAAAUUAGCAAACGGAAACGCUACAGUUUCUAAAGCAUUCAUGUUUUUUAAUGCUAUUUCGAUGAGGUGCUUUUUUCCAUCACAUCCAAAUUAUUAUAUUUUGCAAAACUGCAAUGGAAACACUUUUUUCACAUCGCACAAGUGAAGUGAUCUGCAACUGGACCUUACUGCCUUAUAAAGACGAAGGAGAACGGACAUAGUUGGAGGAUGAUGGCGCCCUCUAGAGGCCUGGCUGAAAUACGAAUAGAUCUACAUCCGCUGCUGCCAUGUUAUCAGUUAUCACGUGAACAAACAGGUUCACGUGCAAUUUUACUUGUAUAUCUCAACUAAUGUAAACACCACAACAACAAAAUUAGCAUAUUUUUUAAAUUUGCAGAAUACCGACAUUGUUUUGCAAACAUUUGUAAUAAAAAUACAACUAAAGAAGUUUUACAACUUUUUUUGUUUUCAGAAAUUGCAAAUGCAUUGUAUAGAAAAAGGAAAAAAAUUCUAAAAGCCACCAGUAUCCAAGGUUUCUUAGAUAACACAACUUGUCCCCAUGUUUUGUACAGGCUUGUGGCUUUGUUGAUCCUGCACAAAGAAAUCUAUCUUGUCUGCAGCUCAGAGAUUUGAAAAACAAAAUCUUCUGUAUGUAUUUUCUUUUUAAUUGUUUUUUUCCAUGAAGCACUGGAAAGCUUCAGCCUUUUUUACAUAACAAUUGAGUUUGUACAGAUAUAAACGGAUAUAAACCUGAGGGUUAUUAGACAUGGCUGGUCAGCAGGUUACGUUUCUUAUGGCUAAAACAAAUUAAAAUAUAUUUUAACGUGGCUACAAUUGGGUAGUUGGGAUUAUUUUUUGCUGUUGUUGUGAAGUCAACAAAAGUAAACUUGUGCUUCAAAAAUAAACCUCUAGAAAAUAAUUAUUUUAACGAGGCAACAAAUAUCUGAAAUCAAAGUCGAAGUAAACAAAAAGCAUUUAUGGACAUUAUUAAAAGCAAAAAUCUCACAGCCAGAGAUUAACCUCUAAGCGCUGAAUGACCCAAACAUUGUCAGCUUUUUCAGAUUGUAAUUUAAACCUGGGGUUCUUGUGGCUUUUUGCCAGCUCAGGCGUGUGUUGCCAUAUUUGUACAGUAUGUGUUCAAUGUUUUGUUCCUGGAAGCCUCCUGAUUUAAAUAAGUUAUCAUGAACCAUUUUUUUCUGACAUAUGAGAAAAGACUUGUAGCUCCUUGGGAACUACAAUUAUCCAAACUAGAAUCUCAAAUGUGCCAUUUUGCUUUGUUAUUGCUGUUCUGUUUGAAGAAAAUUGUUUAAAAAAAAAAAACUUUUUUUAUCCAUCCUUUAAAAUCAGAAUCUUCUUGUUCAGUUUAAUUCUUAUGCUAAAUAGCUUUAACAGCAAAUUUUAAAACAGAUUAAUAAAUUGUUAUAGCAAUUAACAAGUUCACACAAAAUAUUGAGUUUUCUGUAAACUGGAUUUAAAAUGUGUGUUAUUGGUUCCAACUAAAAAAUAUGUUUACCUAAAAGAACGACAAAGGGAUGCUAUGUGAGUUAUUUAUGAAUGUAACACUGUUUAACUUAAUCUUUUCUAUCAGAAGAACUGAGUGAAUCUGACUGCUUUAAUAAAAUGUUCUUGCAUGGUU